UCUGAUUGAAGCGACGAGUACUUAACUAUAACAACAAUAAAAAGAGCAGAUGAAACGGGCACUUUAGUUGCACAAAGCGGGAAAAAGUCUACAAGGAAAUACGGCAAGAAAUGAUGCACGCUGACAUCAAUCGGACAGUUGACCAAAUCAAAAACAUAUGAACAAAACUACUGGAGUACAGAGACCAUAAGAAGGACCUAAACAAAAGCGACACUAGAGGCAGCAAUAAUAUCUUUGAUUGUAGCCAGCUAAAUAACCUGGUCGUUGAGUUCAGUCAUGUUUGAGACAAACAUAAAAUCUUUCGGUGUCUUCUGCAGCUGAUCUUGGCAUGUUUUUACAUUUGCCAACUUUGCUAGUUUUCCUUACACUCUUCUCAUCUGAUUGUGUACUAUGUUUUGUUUACUAAGGGUACUGCUCUGGAAGAUCGCAGCUAUCGGCUUAGUAAACCGGUGAAAUUUGCGUUUCCACAGCUUUCCAGUGGAAGGAAGGUUGCAGAUUUUACAGAGGAGUUUACAGGCUCUGGAAGAGCAUGACCGUGUAGACAACCCAAAUCCACAACCAGUGCGGACUACGCCCAGUUCCAGCCACACCGCUGCUGUGAUCCCGACAAUGUCAGAAGAGUCCACAACAACAGAACCGAGUGUUCCUGCAGAGUCUGAGGGGACGGGGGCUGUAGCUCAGCCAGGAACACAGAUGGAACAUCCAACCCCAGAGACUGAGGUUGUCUCAGAGGCUGUUGAGGACACUGCAGCUGCUGCACCUAUUGCUACGCAGGAGGAAGCAGAUGAUGGGGAGGGGGAGACCUGCUCCAUAUGUUUUGAGCCUUGGACCACAGCAGGUGACCACCGCCUGGCUGCUCUUCGCUGCGGACACCUAUUUGGCCACAUCUGCAUCAAGCGCUGGUUGAUAAGUGGGGGGAAAAAAUGUCCACAGUGCAAUAAACCAGCAAAACGCGAUCAUAUCGUCUUACUUUAUGCACGGAAACUGCAAGCACUAGACAACUCUGAGGUGGAGCAACUGAAGAGAUCUUUAGAAAAAGAGCAGGGUUUGCGCAGAAAGUACGAACUGGAAGCUGCUCAGUGUCGUCUACAGGUGCAGAUCAUGACUGAUGAAAGCAUAAAACUACGUAGAGAGGCUGAGGAGUUUAGGAAGUGGAAAGUUCAGGUGGCCUCUAGCUCCUCUCAGGGAGCUGGUCUCUCUCUGACCCAGAGGCAGGACUCCUCCAAUGGGGGGCAUUAUGUGUUCUCAAAGGCUGUUCUGAUUUCUCAAGCAGGAGGCAGUAGGGUUUUGUCUUACUGUGAGCCUCUUGGCUGCCUGCUUGCGUCCCAGCCCUCCCCACAUGCAACAUUAGUACCAGGCUUUGGGGUGAAGAAGAUCAGUACCGUGAAUCUUAGAGCUAGUCAGUAUGUCCCCAUCCACACCAAACACAUCAGAGGUCUUGCCUUCAGCCGACAGCAAGACAGCUUAAUGCUGUCUGCGGCCCUCGAUAACACAAUCAAGCUCACUAGCUUGAUGACAAACACGGUGGUCCAGGCCUACAACACGGGCAGACCUGUGUGGAGCUGCUGCUGGUGCCAUGACAACAAUAACUACAUUUAUGCCGGUCUUAGCAACGGCUCCGUGUUAGUGUACGACACACGGGACACAAGCACUUUUGUUCAGGAGUUGCCGUCACUUCGCUCCAGCUGUCCAGUGGUAUCUUUGUCCUACAUCCCCCGCGCUGCCUCCAGUUCGUUCCCAUGUGGUGGUCUUAUCGCUGGCACGCUGGAGGGGGGCUGCUUCUGGGAGCACGUGGAGGGAACCACGUACACGCCUCACAUUCUGCCUUUAGAAUCCGGCAACUGCACAGACAUACAGGUUGAGCCAGACAGCAGACACUGCCUUGUCACAUACAGACCAGGUCGUGCAAACCCGUCACUGCGCUCUGUGUUAAUGGAGCUUAGCCGAAGCCCUCAGUCAGACUGCAGCCAGCCUCCUGUCUGCUCAUGUUCCCCAGUCCAGACCUUCAUUGCUGGCUCCUCCGGCAAGCUACUCACCAAGAACGCUGUCUUUAAAAGUCCAGCUGGGAAAGGCUCUUCACUAGUGUGUACUGGAGAUGAGGGGACCAACUCAACCAUGGUAUGGGAUGCUGGCACUGGUGCUCUGCUUCAGAAACUACCAGCAGACCUUCCUGUGCUGGACAUCUGCCACUUUGAAGUGAACCAGAGCAGCUAUCUGGCCUCUCUCACUGAGAAGAUGCUUAAGGUCUAUAAAUGGGAGUGACAUUUAUGAAUGCUGCUCGCUGUGUUGUCCACGCACUAUAACAGCUGCUGUAUUUGUAUCGACUCGAGCUCAAUUUUAUAUUCAAUACUUUACAUUAUGUGAAUUAUGUUUGUUUUUCUCAUUUGGUAUUCUACCACUAUUAAAGUGCAAAUAAGUGUUUUUACAUUGUCUCACUUCAUUCUUGGUGAUGUUUGUUUUAUGAGAGUAAUCAGUGUUCCUUGUACAUUUAUAUACGU